AUGAGUGUGGAGGACAGCCUUGCCCACUUUGAAAAGAUGAAAGCUGGUACCGGUCUUGAAUGGUGUAUUCGCACCAAGAUCUCUGUCGAUGACCCAGUGAAAUGUCUCCGUGAUCCAGUCAUCUACCGCUGCAACCCGCAGCCUCAUCAUCGGAUAGGGGCAGCUUGGAAGAUCUACCCAACAUAUGAUUUCUGCGCUCCUUUCCUUGACUCUUUGGAAGGUGUGACUCACGCGCUCCGGACCAACGAGUAUCGUGAUCGAAACCCACAAUAUUCCUGGAUCCAGAAAGCUCUUGAAAUCCGCCCUGUUGAGAUUUGGGAUUUCUCCCGUCUCAAUUUCGUUCGCACGGUGCUUUCGAAGCGAAAGCUUACGGUCUUAGUUGACAAUAACGUUGUCUGGGGCUGGGACGAUCCUCGAAUGCCCACCGUUCGUGCUAUAAGGCGUAGAGGAAUGAAAGUGCCCGCACUGCGAGAGUUCAUCUUGAGGCAAGGACCCAGUCAGAAUAUAAUCAAUCUGGACUGGUCGUUGUUCUGGGCUACCAACAAGAAAUAUAUCGAUUCGGUCGCGCCUCGACAUACCGCCGUUCCAAAAGACAAUGCUGUUACUGCAAUUAUCCAUGGCGUCGAUGGGACCAGUACUGCCGAGAGGCCAAAGCACAACAAGAAUGCAGCCCUGGGUACAAAGAAGGUCUUCUAUUCCCGGGAGAUUCUUCUCAGCCAGGAGGAUGCUCGAUCUUUCAACCCGAACGAGGAAAUCACCCUCAUGAACUGGGGCAACGCGAUCGUCACUCGGAUCUCUGCAAACAAGUCCGGAAUAACCUCUGAAUUAGAACUACAACUCCACCUUGAAGGCGAUUUCAAAAAUACCGAGAAGAAAGUGACCUGGCUAGCAAAAGAAACAGCUAACUUGAUCCCUGUCCGUCUUUUCGAUUUCGACUACCUGAUCACCAAGGACAAACUUGAGAAAGAAGAUGAUCUCUUUUCGUUCCUGACACCCAAGACCGAAUUUUUGACCGAAGCUUGGGCUGAUUGCAACAUCACCAGCCUUGCGCAAGAUGAUAUCAUUCAAUUUGACCGUCUUGGGUUCUUUCGGGUUGACAGGGCAUACCGGGAUGGCGAACCUGCGGUGCUGUUCAGCAUCCCAACAGGAAAGGCUGCUUAA